AGGCCAGGGGAGAAACUCCGGAAGGAGAGACAUUUGCCAUGGCUCAACACUUCAAACAAGUCAUUAGAUGUCCAGUCUGUCUAAAAGAUCUUGAAGACGCCGUGCAACUGAAAUGUGGAUAUGUCUGCUGCCUCCCGUGCCUCAAUUCACUCCAGAAGGAGCCCGAUGGGGAAGGUUUACUGUGCCGCUGCUGCUCUGUGGUCUCUCAGAAGAAUGACAUCAAGCCCAAGUACAAGCUGAGGGCGAUGGUUUCCAUCAUCAAGGAACUAGAGCCCAAGCUGAAACGUAUUCUAACGAUGAACCCAAGGAUGAGGAAGUUUCAAGUGGAUAUGACCUUGGAUGUGGACACAGCCAACAACUAUCUCAUCAUUUCUGAAGACCUGAGGAGUGUCCGAAGUGGGGAUUCCAGCCAGAACAGGAAGGAGCAAGCUGAGAGAUUCGACACUGCACUCUGCGUCCUGGGCGCCCCUCGCUUCACUUCCGGCCGCCAUUACUGGGAGGUGGACGUGGGCACCAGCAAAAUAUGGGAUGUGGGCAUUUGUAAGGAGUCUGUGAACCGACAGGGGCAGAUCGUGCUUUCUUCAGAACAGGGCUUCUUGACUGUGGGUUGCAGAAACGGAAACAUCUUUGCUGCCAGCACUAUGCCUAUGACCCCUCUCUGGGUGAGUCCCCAGUUGCACAGAGUGGGGAUCUUCCUGGAUGUAGGUAUGAGGUCCAUCUCCUUUUUCCAUGUUGGUGAUGGGAGCCAUAUCUAUACAUUCAGCAAAAUUCCUGAUUGCGAGCCAUGGCGUCCAUUUUUUGCUCAGAAACGUGGAACUCAAGAUGAUCAGAGCAUCCUGAGUAUCUGUUCUGUGAGCAACGCAGCCAGCGCCGGUGCCCCAGUUGAUUCUGGGGAAAGGAAAUAA